CCUGCUGCCCGCCCUGCGCGCCGUUAUUUCCCGGAGCCAGGAGGGCCCGGGGGAGAUGGGCAGGGCCGUGCUCAUCCCCAAGGAGGAGCAGGAGAAGAUGAAGGAGCUGUUCAAGAUCAACCAGUUCAACCUGCUGGCCAGCGACCGCAUCGCGCUGAACCGCAGCCUGCCCGACGUGCGGCUGGACGGGUGCAAGAGCAAGGUGUACCCGGAGGAGCUGCCCAACACCAGCGUGGUGAUCGUGUUCCACAACGAGGCCUGGAGCACGCUGCUCAGGACCAUCCACAGCGUGCUGGAGCGCUCCCCGCCGCGCCUGCUGGCCGAGAUCCUCCUGGUGGACGAUGCCAGCGAGAGAG